AUGCCAUCUAAGCGAAUAAUGCAAAUCUCCUUACCAUCUGCUAAGUUGGAAUGUAUAUCUCAACGUCAUCGGAAUGUCUCUGAUGAUGAUGAUAUCAUUCGUUCUCGUCUUCUCUACGAAGGUGAUCAUGGAAAUGAUGAUCGUCGUAUAUUGGCAUUGAUGAAACUAUUCAAUAGUUCAUCAUCUGAUAUUGAAAAAUUACAUUCAUUACUUUACUCUGUCGAACACUCCUACCGUCUUAUCAAUUCAUCACUUCGAAUGAAUCAACAUGAACAAAUUUGUUAUGCGUCGAAAACAAGACACAUGUCUGACAUAGUUCAGAAAUUGCGUCAGGAAGUGAAAAGAAGUGAAGAACGUUUAAUGAAAGCUAAACUAAAACGUGCUAAUCUUCGCCAGUGUAAUCAACGUAUUGACAAAAUUAUGCAGUUAGAUACAAGAAAACAAUUACGAGCACAACAACUGCAUACAUUGGAAAGAAAACGUUAUUUCGAGCAUCUACGACAAACCUUCGAAGCGAAUUUCCAACAACGAUUGAGACAAAUAGCUAUCUACAUGCGACCAAUAUUCGAAUUUGAUGACGUUCUAAAACAAGAUAUGCAUGAAGAUGGAGUAAAUGACAAUACAAUUGAACAUCAAUCGAUGUUGUUAUCCAGUAGGAAUGAUCGGCAACGAACAUAUUCCGAUUCGUCCAUGAACUCGAUCGAUGGUGAUGAUAAUCCGAACAAGGGGAAGAAUCAAGAUCGUUCAGAAACAUUGUUAUUUAAAAAUAUUCCAGCAGAGCCGUUAUACUCGAAUGACGUAGAAUUAUAUGGAGCGCAAUUAGUUAAUCCGGUAUCAAUUUUGUCGUCUUCGUUGAGUAUUGAAUGA